UCAAUGUUGAAUGUAGAACUUAGGUAAAAGACUUAAAAAAAAGAUUGAUAUUAUUUUGGAAUCGAAACAAAAUGAUAGUGGUGCCAAGAAAAAAAUGGGUUCUUUUGGGGUUGAUUCUAGUAUUAUUAUUUAAAACAUCGAUUGCAUUGAAUAUCGCUGUUAUUGGUGCCGGUGCGUCGGGUCUGGCAAGUGCAAAGAAUGCUCUCGAACAGGGCCACAAAGUGGUCAUUUUUGAAAAAGGACCAAGACUUGGUGGAAUUUGGUGGUACACAAACAGAGUUGGGAAGGACGAAUACGGUGUUUAUAUUCAUAAUGCAAUGUAUCAAGGACUCAGAACGAAUACACCAUAUGAAACGAUGGAAUUUCGUGGUCACCACUUUCCAAAUGGUACAGAGUUUUUUCCAAAGUCGUAUGUUGUUUGGAAUUAUUUGAAUUCAUACGCCAAAAAGUUUAAUGUGUCGAAAUACAUAAAAUACCAUCAUUUGGUUGAGAAAGUACACCCAAUCAAAAAUAAAAGGUGGAAAAUCACUGUGAAAGACUUGCCGAAUAAACGCACCCACACGAAUACGUAUGAUGCCGUCUUUGUUUGCACGGGUGUAUGUUCUUCGCCACGUUUUCCCAAUUACAACGGAACAUUCAACGGAUAUACUUUACAUAGCCAUGAUUAUCGUAGUCCUGAACAUUUUGAAGGAAAAGAUGUGUUGGUUGUCGGAAAUGGGGAUAGUGGAUCAGAUAUAGCCGAAAAAUUGUUUGGAAUAGCCAAAUCUGUGACGCUCAGCGGCCGUACAUCUUUGCCAUUUGAUAUUGAAAGCGGACCGGAAUCGUCUGAUAGCGAAGAUAUAUCUUAUAAGAUCAUGAUAAAAGGCGGUGUAAAAUGUCUUACAGCAGAUGGAGCCGAAUUUGUUGAUGGAACCCAUAGUAAUUUCUCGGUGAUUAUUUACGCAACAGGUUAUUUAUACGCAUAUCCAUUUCUGAGUAAAAAAACUGGCAUUCACACGGAAAACAACUAUGUGCGACCACUUUAUAAGCAAAUAAUAAACAUCGAACAUCCGACGAUGGCUUUUAUUGGUGUACCUUAUGGUGGUCCCCACAAUAUGAUGGCCGAAAUGCAAGUACGUUUUGCGUUGAAAUACCUUUCUCGAGCCAAGAAAUUGCCAGGAAAGAUAGACAUGUUAAAGGAUACGCAAAAUAAAUUGGAAAUCCGUGCAAGGAAAGGAAUUUCCGAAACAAAAUUUCAUCAUUUAUUCGAAAAAGACGAGGACGGGAGUGAUUAUCUCAUAGAUCUUAGAAAUACCGCGGGUGUUUAGGGAAAUAUCAAAAGAAAUUCUCUAACUACAUCAACAUCUUUGAUAAUUCUUCACUUUCAAUGGUGGUUUUUAUUAUCUUGUGAUCGAUUUCUUCAAUUUAAACACAUAAAUCAUUGGAAAUAAAUUUUUUGUAUAGCAUUCUGUCUAAA